AUGAAGUUCACCUCUCUCACCGCUGUUCCCUUUGCGCUCCUCUGCGGAGCUGUCUCGGCAUCUCCCCUGGCCCCUCGCAAUGAAUCCAAGAUCUUCGUUGGGCAGGUCACCGACACCUUCAACGCCUCCGUCGGAACCAUUUGGGGAAUCUACUCAGCUUUCGGAGCCGCCCAGCUGUACAUGAAGAACGUCACCUUCAACGAGCUCACUGGCUUCGGACCUGGAGCUGUCCGAGACAUCACUCUGGCCGGCCAGUUCGCUCAGGAGCGGUUGGAUUGGGUUGAUGCUGACAAACACUCCCUGGCUUAUACGCUCUACGAAGCCCCUGGCUUGCCUGCGGUCAACAUCCAGGGCACGAUUGAGUUGAGUGACAUCGGUAACAACAACACCGAGAUUGUUUGGACAGCGAGAGCGGACUCAAUUACUGCUGGAGCGGAGGAUGGUAUUAAAGCUAGGGUGCUGGACAUCUAUACCAGCUCUAUCGCUAUUGUGAAAGGACUUGUCUAG